GCGGGGCUAGUAGGCGAUUUUCUUCCAGCUCGGAGGACCUUCGUCUUGGCUACCGGUCGCGUCAGGGUCCCGUUUCGGCAGCGUAGACCCUCCGCGUCCGUCCUCUAUCCCGCGCGAGGCGAUCCUUGCGGGCGGCGGGACGCUCUGCGGCGCCGCAAGUGGUAACAGGCCUUGGCGCACGCCGGCUACACCAUGGUUCACCUCACUACUGUCCUCUGCAAGUCCUACCAGCGAGGCCACUUAACCAUCCGUCUUGCCCUAAGUGGCUGUACCAACCGGCCUUUCUAUCGCAUCGUUGCUGCUCACAACAAGUGUCCCAGGGAUUGCCGUUUUGUGGAGCAGCUUGGCUCCUAUGAUCCACUGCCUAACACUCAUGGAGAGAAACUCGUUGCUCUCAACCUGGACCGUAUCCGGCAUUGGAUUGGCUGUGGGGCCCACCUCUCUAAACCUGUGGAAAAGCUGCUGGGUCUUUCUGGCUUUUUCCCCUUGCAUCCCAUGAUGAUCACAAAUGCUGAGAGACUGCGACGGAAACGGGCACGUGAGAUCCUCUUAGCAUCUCAGAAAACAGAUACAGAGGCUGCAGAAACAAAAGCAAGCUGACUUCAAUGAGCAUAGCAGUGGAGACAAGGUCAAAGUCCUCUUAAAACACUUGUGCAGAGUUUAUAGUUUUGUUAGACUUAUAGGUCAAUAAAUGGAAUUUUCUAUGUUACUCAUGCUCUUUUGGCCUGGCCUGAGCAGGGCCCUGGGAAAAAUUUGUUCUUAUCGAUUACAGAGCUGGGUGUAGGUACUAAUUAGCUUCUUUAGCCUUCAUCUGGAAAAACACAGUGGCCGUGGGAUGGGUUGGACUUUUGAGUUGGACAGCUUUACAGUCUGCUGCCUUCCAAGACUUCUGUGCUUCAAAACCACUAACCAUGACCCAUCCAAGUAAUUCCUUCCUUAAUCAUUUAGGGCCAUCGCACCAGAUCAAGAACACAAUUACUUUGUUAUAUUUGUAAUUGCAGAUUUAUAUUGCCUUGCAUAACAUAAUUUACAAAGUUAGAUUACUUAUAAGUUUUGGGGGCUGUAAUGGUCUAUUUUUAAGAAUAGAAACUGGAAGAAAGCUAAUAUUGUAAAGUAUCUUUGUACAUCUAGGCCCUUUACAUGCAAGGUUAUUUGCGAGACAUAAGGUAUCAUGAAAACAGGUAGGAUUAUUUCUAUUUUAUAGACCAGUAAGCUCAGGUUCAGAGGUGAGAAUUUGCCCAUGGCCACAGUUUUAAUGUUGGCAAAGCUAAAAUUUAGAUCCCGAUAUGCCUACCUGGAGAGCCCUUUUCAACAUGUAUUAUCUGUAGCUGGGCGGGGAAAUGAGCAAAUGUGAAGGGCUUUUCAAAUGUCCACUUAAAAAGUCAAUGAUAGAAUUGGGUUUAGGUAUCAUGAAUUUGGUAAUAUAAAUGACUGGCUGUGCAAAAAAAAAAAAAAAAAUCCCAUUAUCUGCUUCACCCUAACCUCAGGAUAUUAUAAUCACAGGCAUGGAUUAGGUGGUUUUAAUGUACACUGUAGAUAAUACAGAUUUCAAAUUCUGGCAUAAGGCUAGGAUGUAGAUUUAUAGAGGUGAUUCUAAAGCCCUAUCAAUAUACCAACUUAUUUUAUUCUCUGGGUUUUAUAUUCCGAGAAUAGUGAGCAGCCACCUCAAAUUCUGGGUGUUAUCAAGGCUCCACCAGGGUUGUUACUGAUUGGCCUCCCUUUCUUUGUGGGACUUUGAAGGCAGUGCAGGCGGAGAGGAACUGACUUUAUUUGGGUUUGAUCCUGGAUAUGGGAAAGCAAAAUAAUUUGAAAACAAGAACUCUGUAAAUUUAAAAGAUACUACCCCAGAGAGUUUAGGUCUUGGGAGAAGCUUUAAUUGGUAGAGCAGGAGAGAAUGUGAUUCUGAAAAGUAUUGAUCAAUGAGGGGAACUGAUGUGAAAUAGGUUAAGGUAAGAUAUUAUUUUGAGGUACUGAGUUUCUGCUAACUUAGGUAUUCACUUUGUCACCUUCUCUGUCCUUUGUCCAAGAUCUGUAUACACUUAUUUUCCUUUGUGAGCUCAUCCUUUCCCUGAUUUCCAAAGUUUUCUCUAGUCUCACUAUGUCUUGGAUGAUUACAUCAGCCUGUCCUGCUACCACCUUCAAAUCUAACAUACUCAAAAGUCAUCUCUGCACUUUAGAAAGCAUUAACAACAGUAACAAACAACUUUUGCUUUGGCAGCAUAUAUUAUUAAGAUGAAGGUUGAAGGUGAUUCAGGAGGUGAAUAGGCGUGAUUCUGUAAUAAAUGUCAAACCUACGAAUCCUAUCAGAUAAAAUUUUUUUUAAAGACCGGUGUUUUGUGCUUUUUGUUUAAUAUAUUUUUUUUCUGGUAGGGCUCAGGGGAAAGAACCUACCAGCAGACCCACCCCGUAGGUUGCAAAAUUAUUUGGGCCUUAGAGCUCUAUGUCCUCUCAUCAGGAUCAUCUCUGAGAAAGAACAAAUCUAUUUAACCAAUGUUCUUUUGAAAUAAACAUGUAUAUGAACCA